AUGACGUCUCCCUCCCAAUACGAGGUGUCGUACACACCAGUCAGUCGAGGCCAACACAAACUCCAUGUUCAAGUCAACGACAGGGAAAUCAAUGGCAGCCCCUUCACCGUGACCGUGUACCCUGACCCCAGACAACUAGGCCACCCAGUGAGUGUUUAUACAAGCCUGAGUGGGCCCUACGGAAUGACAUUCAACAAAGACAACGACAUAAUUGUCACCGAAAGUAACGGUGAUACAUUGUCCAUCAUUGACGCCCAAAGAAGGAACGUCCGCAAAUUCCACGGAGCGAUUUUGGAUUCACCGAAGGGCGUGGCUAUUGACGGUGCCGGCAACAUCUACGUAACCAGCAAAAACAAGCUUCAGAAAAUUCUCCGGCACUGGGGCGCUGAUUAA